UGGAUUAGAAGUCAUGGGUGUGUUGUGUGGUGGAUUAGUCAUAAACAUUCGCGAAAAAUUUGAGAUUAUUGUUUAUCAAAAUUAACAAAUUUGUCAUUUCCUGAAUAUUUUGCUGUGUCUCAUUGUCCAAUUAGACAAUAAGAAAUAAGAUAUUUUCUAUAUAUUGCCUACCUCUAGAGACAGGCGACAGGCUCGUAAAUCUCUUUUGAGGAAUUAGAAAAAUGUCAUUUUCCAGCGGAGGAUCUUCCGUCAAAGAUGCCAGCAGACCUGAACUUUACGAAGAAGUGAAGCUAUACAGGAAUGUCAGAGAGCGAGAAAAGUACGAUAACUUGGGAGAUUUGUUCGCUGUGAUCAAUACCCUGCAGCACUUAGAAAAAGCGUACAUAAGAGACUGUGUCACGCCCAAAGAAUACACAGCAGCCUGUUCGAGAUUGCUUGUGCAGUACAAGGCAGCAUUCAAUCUUGUGCAUGGAGACGAGUUCCCUACCAUAGAGGCUUUUGUCAAGAAAUUUAGGCUGGACUGCCCUGCAGCUUUAGAAAGGAUCAAGGAAGACAGGCCAAUCACAAUCAAGGAUGAUAAGGGAAAUACAAGUAAAUGCAUUGCAGACAUUGUUUCGCUUUUCAUCACAAUCAUGGACAAGCUGAGACUUGAAAUUAAAGCCAUGGACGAAUUGCAACCUGAUUUGAGGGACCUCCAUGAUACCAUGAACCGUCUGAGCUUACUCCCGUCAGAUUUUGAAGGCAAACAAAAAGUUGCUGAAUGGUUGACCACACUUUCAACAAUGGGGGCGUCUGACGAGCUGUCCGAACAGCAGUCCAGACAGUUCAUCUUCGACCUCGAGUCAAGCUACAAUGCUUUCAACAAAAUUUUACACCAAGGCUAGAGAAUACAGAACACUUUAUUUAAAUUUCUAUUCCUUUCUCCAUGUUAUCAUAUUUUAUCAAAGAUACUGGGUUAUUUUUAAUAAUUUGGCUAAGCAAAUUUCUGGUUUAUCGUUAAGUCUCAUUACUCAUUAUAAUUCUUUUAUCAUUUGCAAAGAUCAUAAAUUUAGUGUGAUUUUUUUUUAAUGCUGUUGAUUAUAUUUAAAUAUAAAAACUGAAAAUUGGAUUUAAUAAUUCCCUUAUUUUAUUUACCUUUCUUGGAAAGCUUAAAACUCUUGAUUUAUGUUAUCAAUUUUCUGCUAAAAGUGAAUUGUAUUAUAUGAUUAUUUUUGUCAUCUUGCUAUGUUCUCACAAUAAAUUUGUUUCAAAUAAUUCAAUAUUACUCAACUUUCAAG